AUGAGUGAAAAGCCUAAGAAAAUUCCAUCUCGUGUUAUUCCAAUGAUGGAGAGUGAUAGCCAGAUUGUUAGAUGCGUCUGCUCACUCAGACUUCCUUCUGGUCCAAUGAUUCGUUGCACUCGUUGCGGAUGUUAUUCUCAUAAAAAAUGCGUAACAGUAACUGAUCCAUUUAUAUGCGAAUUUUGCCAUCAAUCAUCCCAAAGAGUUCUUGAGGAAAGUUUUAACUGCAUGGUCACCCCAUCUGGAAAUACGAUUCAGCUUUUUGCUCUGAAAGAUGCACUCCUUAACGAAUUUAGCGUCCUAGAAAUAUGUGAAAUACGAGAACAUUGUACAGCAGCAGGUCAAAUUUCGACUUUAUUAGAACAUUUAAUGAUAUAUUAUUCAGCAUUAGAAGCGGAUUUAGAACAUACGGAACAAUUCUGUCUUUCAGUAGUUCCAACACAAGAAUUACAAGAUCAAGUUAAAAAAGAAAUAGAAUUAAAGAGAAAUUGUUAUAGAAAGAUUUGUCAGCUUGCUUGCGAGUUAAAGAAGAAUUGGGAUUCUUCUAAGAAAGAUUAUACAUCUCUUGGAUACUUUAGAGAUGCUGUUAUUCAAUCACUUACUUAA